UUCUAACCUCACUUUUUUCAUUUGUAUUUUGUAAACAAACAUUUUUUCAAAUUCUUUUUAAUUUUUAUAUUAUUUAUAAGUUAAAUCAUGUUGGUUCCGGAAGCCCCUGCAGUGUGGAACGCUCUAAAGGGCCUCAUUUGCAUUUACAAACCUGCGGAAGUGCCUGUUAAAAAAUUAAGAAAUAUUUUCAUACAUAAAAUGUGUCAGGAGCUAAACAACUUGAAAGUGAGACCACCUUCAGGCUACGUUGAUAUACAAGGUGAUCCCUCCAAACAAUUGACUGUACUAGUAAGGCCCAAUUUAGCUGACAACCCUUUAGUUGUCGGUCCCAGAUAUCAAGAACAAGACCUGCCAGUAAGUUGGUCUAAUUACUUAGGAUACAAUACUAGUGGAGUUUUACUGUUUGGUGUAAAAUCUGGUACUAAACAAGCCAAACAUAUUAGAGAAAACCUACCAACAAGAUCCUACAGGGUUAAAGGUGUUUUAGGCCAAGUAACUGAUAAUUGUUAUAAAACUGGCAAAGUCAUCCAAAAAUCUACAUGGAAACACGUAAAGAGGGAAAACAUGGAUAAAUUUUUAAGUGCAAUGCAAGCUGCACAUCAGAAAAAAAUGUUUGAAUUGUGUGGUGUAGACAUGCAAUCUCAGGCAGCUUACGAUUUGGCAAUACAAGGUCUUAUAAGGCCAGCCAAUUCAAAAAUCCCUGUAAUUUAUGGCAUAAAAUGUGUUGAAUUUGAUGGACCAGAAUUUACUUUAGAAAUCCAAUGCGUAAAUGAAUAUGAAGACUAUUUGAUGCAUUUAAUAAAUGAAAUUGGUCUAAAACUACAUUCAACUGCUCAUUGUACUGGGAUUCAAUGUAUAAGGCAUAGCAGGUUUACAAUAGAAAAUGCCCUUUUAAUGAAACACUGGACGUUGCCUAAUAUUUUAGAAAAUAUGGAAAAGUGCGAGGAAGUUUUAAAAAAUAAUCAAGGAACCAGCGUCACAUUAGCAUAGAAUAAUAUAAGACUUAAAUCAAAAUUGUUUAUUAAAACAACACAAUAAAUAAACAAGAAAAAUAUCACAGUCAAAAUCUGCUGGCAAUGCCUCCUCCUCUACUAUCCGAAUGCGAACUCAAUUCAUCUCCGUAUUUUUCCACAAUAUUGCUACUAUAAUAUGGUUCUGGCAUUAAAAUUGGUUCUUUAUGGAUAUCUUUCAAAUACUGGAGAAUAUCCACUGGGAACUUUGGACUAUGGAAAGCUAGAAAACAAGCAUUGCACAGCCAAUUUUAGAUCAAUUAAAUCUCUUACCUUCUACUGCAACUGUAAAAUUAUCCAAAACAUAAAAUCUUGGAGCCUCAAUUCCAUCAGUGGCAUUUUGAUUACCAAUAACAGUGUUGGAGACUAAUUGGCUUGCCUGUGCUAUUCCGUUUGCACCUAAGGCCAUCCUUUUACCACAAAUAAAUUUACUUUCGGUUAAAAUUAUUGGAAUACGACUGCAAGGUUUGUUUGGAAGUUUUGUAUCUAGCACGUAGCCGUGGAUUGUUAAUUCGCCUGAACCAAACAUACCAUACAUGCCUCUAAAAUAACUAAUUAAUUAAGGAAAUUAUUUUUUAUUUGAAUCUUACGUUACAAGAGAUACAUAAUUGUCUUCUAAAUCCAUAACGGCAACAUUACUGGAAGUGCCUUGAUGGAAUUUGGAGCUGACAUUAAACUCUUGAUAUAUUUUUAAUGUGGUUUCGAGGAUUUUCUUUGUAGCUGCCACAUUUAGUUGGGUAAAAUUGUAUUCUUCGAUUUCUCUAUAUAAGGAGGUUUAAGUAUUAAACAAUUUGAAAUUUAUUUGCUUAAAUACCUCAAAUUGACUAGCAAAAUUGGUCCAAUAGAAUCCUGACUAGGAACAAAUACGUUGUAGUUGUGAAAAGUAGAUUGUAUUGCUUGUGUUUCUAUUGGUUGGUUUCUAGAGUCAAUGUAACUGUAGAGCUCUACAAAAGUAUUAUAAAUAUUUUUCAUGAUAUUGUAAAGUGCAAUUUACCAUUCUCUGUAAUAUUUGAAAUAGUUAAUAGAGUGUUGCUCAAAUUUAUAUGCCUCAAUAAUUGUCCAGGCUCUAAUCUUCCAUAAAGGUCCGAAGCAUUUGCCCGAUUGACUGCUUGAGCUAACAUUUUUGAAACAACAUAGCCGUGCCUGCA